AUGGACGCUCCCUCUAACUCUGCCUCCUCCUCCUCCUCCUCUGCCCCCCCGGUCGACGGGCAGGAUGCCAGGGCUGCGGGCUGGCCACCUCAGGACCCCUCCGCCCCUCCAGCCACCAAAGAACCCUCCCUGCCGGACCCCCCCUCCGCCUCCCCUUCCCCUGCUGAGACCAUGAGGCCCAGCCCCGUCCCCCAGCCGGAACCAGGUCCCGCCAAUCUCCCAGCGGCCAUCUUGUCCGCCCCACAACUCCAGGCAGGCUUCGGCCUAGUAGCACCAAGCCCGUCCCUCCUCCAUCCCUCCGCCCCCAGGGAAGAUGCCAAGGAGGAGGAGGAAGAAGAAGGCAAUGAUGAUGAUGAAGAGGAUGCGGAAGAUGGUGGCAGCACAGCCCAUCUGCUCUUCUUCCCUGAUGGCUCAGCCUAUCUCCUCAGCGGCGGCCAUGUUCUCUUACCAAAGGGCUACCCUGGCGCCACGGCAACCCUGCCGGUGUCCACCCUCCACGUCCAAGAUGGCGGCCCCAACCAAGGCUUUACGUCUACUGACCAAAUGUCCCAGAAUACCUCAGCGCCGGGCGAGCAGCCCCCAUCCGGCGCCUUCCGCAGCUACCGACUAGCCAGGGCCUCUGCUCCCACCACCUCUGCCAAAAACUCUCCCACCGAACCCAAAGAUGCCGUCACCGACGGGGAGGGGGAAGCCAAAGUUGGCCAAGAGGAAGAGCCAUCAUGGCCACCGUGGCUGUGCUUGGCCUGCCGUCUCUCCUUCCGACAGAGCCGCUCCUUGGCAUCCCACGCCCUCUCAGCCCAUGGGGUGCGGCUCAGCCCCGGGGAGCGCCGGGCCCUGUCCCAAGGAGUCCCCGCCAUGCUCCAGGGCACUGCCCUCAGCUUCCUAGAACCAAAUAACCCCACCAGCGGGGUGGACCUCAGCACCGGAAUGUGUAGUGGAUGGGUGAAUGUAAUGAAGGAGGAGGAGGAGGAGGAGAGAAGCCCCCAAGAAGGACGCAAGCCACCCGAUGCCAAAGAUUCAAGGGCCGGCGGCGUGGACUGGGCCAACGGGGGAGAGGAGGAGGAAGACACCAAUGUCCCGGAUGACCCACCGCCAGGGAAGGCCAACACCGAGCUCAACAACGAGUCCAACAGUGAGUCCAAUGUUGGGUUGGCCAACAGCGGGGUCAACCCCAACACUGGAGGGGUCCCUCUUGGCUUUGGGGAUGAUUACACGGCCAUGGCCUAUCCUGGGCUCAGUCUCUCUGGCCACAUGUCCCUGCUGCAUUCCCGCAACUCCUGCAAAACCCUCAAGUGCCCCAAAUGCAACUGGCACUACAAGUACCAGCAGACCCUGGAUGUCCACAUGAAGGAGAAGCAUCCUGAGAGCAACAGCCACUGCGCCUACUGCAGUGCCGGAGGCCCCCACCCGCGCCUGGCCCGGGGUGAGAGCUACAACUGUGGCUAUAAGCCGUACCGCUGUGAGGCUUGCAACUACUCCACCACCACCAAGGGGAACCUCAGCAUCCACAUGCAGUCGGACAAGCAUCUAGCCAACCUUCAGGGUUUCCAGGCCAACACGAGCGGCGGGGCCCAGCCAGUGCCCCCAGCCACCCCCACAGCCCCGACCCCGGUGGCCCCUGAGGAGAAAGAGACCAAAAGCAAGACAUCCUGGCAGUGCAAAGUCUGCAGCUAUGAGACCAGCAUCUCCCGCAACCUUCGCAUCCACAUGACAUCGGAAAAGCACAUGCAGAAUGUGCUUCUCCUCCACCAAGGGCUGCCAUUGGCCUUGCCCGGGCUCCUGGGACAGCCGGGGGGCAGCAGUGGGGGGAAACAGCAGCCACAGACCGAGCUCUUCCAGUUCUAUGGGGUGCAGGCUCUGGGUCACCACCACGGCCACCACCAUGCAGGAGCCACCGGCGCCGUCCCGGGACUGCGGGUGGAGAAGCCCAUGGAACCAGCACAGCUGCUGCUCAAUGGCUUCCACCCACUGGGUCCCGCUGGGAGGAAGGGGGCGGUUUCAGCACCAGGUAAGGGGCUGCGGCCCUUUGCCUCACACCAUGUCUUCACAUCUUCCACUGCCACCACCAUCACCGCCAGUGACCUUCUGCCCACACUGUGCCCCCCAUUCCCCACAGUACGGCUCUUCGGCUGCCUGGUGUGCCAGCGCUUCGGCACGGACAGUGUGGAGGAGCUACUUCGCCACUCCACCGCUCCGCGCCGGCUGCCCGAGGCUGAGUGGAAGGAGGUGGCGGGGGAUCUCCACCGCUGCCGGCUCUGCGCCUACGGCACCCAGCUCAAGGCCAACUUCCAGCUGCACCUCAAGACCGACAAGCACGCCCACAAGUACCAGCUGGCCGCCCACCUGCGCGAGGGGGGCGGGGCCUUGCCCACCGCCACCCCCGCAGGGGCUGAGCUGCAGCCUGGCCCCGCCCCCGCCCCGCCCCCCCUCCACCUGCGCUGCAAUCUCUGCGACUACGAGACCAACAGCAAGGAGAAGAUGCGGCUGCACGUGCGGGGGGCGGGGCACGAGGAGGGCGAGCGAAGCUACAAGUUCCUGCUGGAGUUGGAGGCGUCGGCACUGGGUCCCGACCCCCCCCACUUCCACUGCCUCCUCUGCAACACCACCGCUCCUUCCUGCCUCGCCAUGUUGUGCCACCUGCGGGCCCCCCGGCACCGUGACGCCCACGGCCAGCACCGCCUCCACCUGCUGCAGGGCGGGCGACCCACAGACGAGGGCACCAUGGCCCUGGAGAGAUGCAUCCGCCUGGCUGAGCCCGUGCCACGGAGCACCGGGAAGGAAUCAGCCUCUGAGCCCAGGACCCCCGAGAAAGAGACUCUGAACAAAGCCCCGCCCCCAGGACUGGACGAGACCGAGACGAAGAGCCGAGCAGCCGGGGAAACCCAGACCACGGUGUUCUGCUGCCCGUACUGCAGCUACGUGAGCCGGGCGCCGGCGGGGGUGCGCAGCCACGCCGUGUCCCAGCAUGCCCUGCAGCCGACCUACCGCUGCCCGCUGUGCCAGGAGGAACAGCUAGUGGGCAGAGGCAGCCUGCGCGUCCACCUCAGUCACAUCCACAACGUGGUGCCUGAAUGCGUGGAGAAGCUGCUGCUUGUG